AUGGGAGAAAAAGAAAAAAAAAAGACACUCGAGGACAACAAGGAUGAUAAUAUUUCAAUGCAUCAAAGAUUUGAUAAACUAAUUGAUGAAUAUUAUUCCGACCUAAAAGAUGAAAGAGAAAUAAGAGAAAAGACGGUUUAUAAAAAGGGAGAUCAUAUUUUUAAAUCAGUGGAAAGAAGUGGAGUUGACUAUGCGAGACUAGAUGAAAAUGAUGGUCCUCCGAAUUUCUGUGACUUAGUGGAUAAUGAACCUAAAUUCGGAACUGUAAAGGUUGACGAUCCUCUUCCUAAAGUUGAAAAGAGAAAUGAAUUAAGGAAGUCAUAUAUGUAUUGGCUUCAAACUGAAAAACUUAUGAAACCAAAUGAACGACGAUUAGACCAUGAGCACAUGCAAGAAAAAUACCUCGAAACUAUAAAAUUGUCAAGGGACAUAAAACAUGAUAUCAAACUUGCCCGAGUAAUUAAAUCACAUUAUCCUAGAGGAAUAGUUGGUGUUGAUUCGAUGUAUAGUGAAAACACUGUGUUGUACAAAGAGAAGUAUGAUGAGAUGAAACAUAAAAAGGAUAUCGCUGAUAAAAGGAGAAAAGAAAGAGAAGGAGCGUUGGAAAAACAUAAUGCUAAAAAUGGGAAUAUAUUGGCUCAUGAAACAAACAACUAA